UCCGCCCGCCGCCCGCCGAGGCGGGGGCCGCGCGCUGCUCCGGGCGCCGCCGCUCCGGGCCCCUGUGCGCGCCGCUGCCGCGGGACCGCGGGGCGAUGCCGGCCAGGAGGGAGCCGCGGGCGCUGCGUGGCCUCGGGACAGACAUGCAGGCCUAGUGUGGCCGGCAGAGCCGCCGAGAUGGCCGCCCAGCGCAUCCGCGCGGCCACCGCCAACGGGCUCCCCCGCUGCAAGUCCGAGGGGACCCUGAUCGACGUGAGCGAAGGGCUCUCGGAGAGCAGCUUCGAGGAUGUCAAAGUGCCUUCCCCCAGUGCCUUGCUCGCCGACAGCCCCACGCCCUUCGGCAACGCCAAGGAGGUGGUGGCCAUCCGCGACUACUGCCCCACCAACUUCACCACGCUCAAGUUCUCCAAGGGCGACCACCUGUACGUGCUGGAUGCGUCAGGCGGAGAGUGGUGGUACGCGCACAACACCACCGAGAUGGGCUACAUCCCCGCGGCCUACGUGCAGCCCCUGGACCCCCGCCUCUCCACGCUGAGCGACAGCGGCGUCAUCGACCCCGCAGCCGACAGCCCCGACGAGGCGGCGCGGGAGCUGGAGCCGCCGGGGGGCUGGCCCGAGGAGCGGGGCCGCAGCCGGCCCGCCAGCAACAACCCCUUCUGGCCCGGGCUGCAGACCAACCCCUUCCUCAACGGCCACGGCCCGGCCGCGCCCGCCAGCGCGGGGGACCUGCUGCUCUUCGAGCCGGGCGAGGCGGCGGGCCGGCCCGACAACCCCUUCUUCCGCAGCAAGCGCUCGUACAGCCUGUCGGAGCUCUCGGUGCUGCAGGCGCGCGCCGACGCGCCCGCCGCUGCGGGGGGCCUGUCCGCGGGGCUGCAGUCGCCCGCGCCCGAGCAGUUCCAGAGCCGCGAGGACUUCCGCGCCGCCUGGCUGAGCCACCGCAAGCUGGCGCGCUCCUGUCACGACCUGGACCUGCUGGGCCAGAGCCCGGGCUGGGGGCAGACGCAGGCGGUGGACACGGGCGUGGUGUGCAGGCUGGGCAGCGGCGGCGGCGCUGUGCGGCUGCCCGACACGGGCAUCAGCCUGCACGUGCCCGAGGGCCACGUGGGCCCCGGCGAGACGCAGCAGGUGUCCCUGCGGGUGCUGCCCGACCCCCCGCUCGAGCUCAACAGCGACCGCUGCAGCAGCGUCAGCCCCGUGGUGGAGCUGCGGCUGGGCACGCUGGCCGUGCGCACGGGGCUGGUGCUGGAGCUGCGCGGCUCGGCCGAGGUUAAGGCCGACGCCUUCAGCCAGAGCGCCGUGGGCCUGCGCUGCCUGCGCAGCGCCGCCAAGGACGGGCCCUACGCGCCCGCGCCCCUCAGCUGCAGCCGCGGCGACACGGUACAGGUGCAGCUGGACCAGCUGGAGCCCUGCAUGUACCUGGCGUUGGUGGCCCACGGCCCCGACAUCCUCUACCCGGCCACCGUGUGGGACUUCAUCCACAAGAAGGUGACGGUGGGCGUGUACGGGCCCAAGCACAUCCACCCGUCCUUCAAGACCGUGGUGACGCUCUUCGGGCACGACUGCGCCCCCAAGACGCUGCUGGUGGGCGAGGCGGCGCGCCCGGCGCCCGGCCCCGCGCCCGUGGCCCUGCAGCUCUGGGGCAAGCACCAGUUCGCGCUGGCGCGGCCGCAGGACCUGCAGGUGUGCGUCUUCCCCAGCGUGAGCAGCUAUGAGGUGCAGGCGGCGGCGGGCGCGCCAGCGCGCGUGGUGCGCGGCUUCCAGCUGAAGCUGGGCAAGGCCAGCCGGCUGCUCUUCCCCAUCGCCUGCCGUGGCGCGGCCGAGCCCGCCGACUUCACGCUGUGCGUGCAGAUCAAGGACGAGCGCGAGGCCGUGCUGGCGCAGUUCUGCGUGCGGACGCCGCCGCCCCCGCCCAAGAGCGCCGUGCGGCCCGCCGGCCCGCGCCGCUUCCUCAAGAAGAACGAGGUGGGCAAGCUGGUGCUGUCGCCCCUGGCCGCCGCCGCCCGCUACCCCACCUUCCAGGACCGGCCCGUGGGCAGCCUCAAGCUGGGCAAGCUGCUGAAGACGGUGACGCGGCAGAGCAAGAGCCACUACCUGCUGGAGUACCGGCGCGGCGAGGUGGUGGCCCUGCUGAGCGAGGAGCGCGUGCGCCUGCGCGGGCAGCUGUGGACCAAGGAGUGGUACAUCGCGUACCACCAGGGCCGCGUGGGGCUGGUGCACGCCAAGAACGUGCUGCUGCUGGGCCGCGCGCGCCCCGCGCUGCUGCCGGGCCCCGAGCUGCGCACGGCGCUGCUGCUCGAGCAGCUGCUGCGGCCCUGCAAGUUCCUCACCUACAUCUACGCGUCGGUGCGCACGCGCCUCAUGGAGAGCGUGGGCAGCUGGCGCGCCUUCGCCGACGCGCUGGGCUACGCGCACCUGCCGCUCACCGCCUUCUGCCGCGCCGAGCUGGACAGCGAGCCCGAGCGCGUGGCCUCCGUGCUCGAGAAGCUCAAGGAGGACUGCAACAGCGCCGAGAACCGCGAGCGCAAGUCCUUCCAGAAGGAGCUCAUCAUGGCCCUGCUGAAGAUGGACUGCCAGGGCCUGGUGGUCAGGCUCAUCCAGGAUUUCGUGCUGCUGACCACGGCCGUGGAGGUGGCGCAGCGCUGGAGGGAGCUGGCCGAGAAGCUGGCCAAGGUGUCCAAGCAGCAGAUGGAUGCCUACGAGUCCCCGCACCGGGACCGGAACGGGGUGGUGGACAGUGAGGCCAUGUGGAAGCCCGCCUACGACUUUCUCCUCACCUGGAGCCACCAGAUUGGGGACAGCUACCGGGAUGUCAUCCAGGAGUUGCACCUGGGCCUGGACAAGAUGAAAAACCCCAUCACCAAGCGCUGGAAGCACCUCACGGGAACACUGAUCCUGGUGAACUCCCUGGACGUGCUGCGCGCGGCCGCCUUCAGCCCGGCUGACCAGGACGACUUCGUCAUCUGAAAGGCCACGCCUCCUGGUCGGCCACGCCGGCCGGGCCACGGCUCCGUUGGGUUAAGCCCACCCAGGCCCUGCCUCCUGGUUGGCCAUGCCCGCCCAGGCCACGCCUCUGUUGGGUUGUGUCCCCCCAGGCCACGCCUCCUGGUCAGCCUUGCCCACCCAGGCCACACCUGCUGUCAGGCCCCGCCUACUCAGGCCCCAUCUCCUUUGGGCCACGCCCAUCCAGGCGCCGCCCGUCUAGGCCACACCUCCGGGUUGGGUCACGCCCAACCAGGCCUUCCUCCUGGUGGUUGGCCAUGCCUAUCAAGGCCACGCCUACUCAGGCCCAUCUCCUUCAGGCCGUGCCCAUCCAGGUCCUGCCCCUGGUUGGCCCCGCCUCCCGGGCCCUGCCCACUCGGGCCCCGCCUUCGUGCUGUCUCCGCGGGGAGGCUCUGCUGCAGAUACUGGGUGUUGUGGGCUAUGGACCCGGAGGGUGGGCUGCCCAGGCAGAGUCGGGGUUCCCCCAGCUUGGGCCAACCCUGGGGACCAAGCACACCCUUGCUCCCCACCUUCUCUCCAGGGAGACCAGAAGGGACCCUCUCCCACAGGGCGGUGCCAAUCCGAAUAGCUUUCUGUUUGUUAAUUGCAGUCCCUUUUUUUAAGUAUGGGGCGGCGACCUAUCAGAUUGGUACCUAAUUUUUUAAUGGACCGUAGAAGUUGGGAGGGAAAAAAACACACCCCACUUCAGAGGGGCGGAGGCUGUUGAGGUUUUUAUGUUAUAUAAAAAGCCUUUUUAAA